UCAUCCAGACAGACGAGCAGGAGACAUGGGAACUGUGUUCCUGCCGGCGGAGGCGGCCCACUCGGUGCUGCGGCGUCUACGCCGGGCCAACUUCCUGCUGGAGGAGAUGAAGCAAGGCAACAUCCAGAGGGAGUGCAGAGAGGAGGUGUGCACCUUCGAAGAGGCCCGCGAGGCCUUCGAGAACGACGAGAAGACGAGGCGUUUCUGGGAGGAGUACGUACGUGAGAGCAAUCCAUCAGGUGGUCUGGAGUCUGUAGUGGGCGGAGUCAACUCUCUCUACCUGAUCGUGCCGCUGCUGACGGUGGUGUUCAUCAUCGCCGCCGUGGCCGUCACCGUGUGGCGCUGUCACUCCCGCAAGCGCUCAGAGCGCAGCCCCGGCCUGGGUCACGCUCACCACGACCACGUCCUGUCCGUGGUCUCCAUGGACCAUUGGGGGCGGGACUAUCACCACGGCGACCACUCAGAACUCAGCAUCCACAGCAGCCCCGCCUACCCCGGCUCGGCGGUCACGUCGGGGCGAGGGAGCGACCCCCCGCCGUCCUACGAGGAGGCCGUGGGCCAGGCGGACGUCCACGUAGAGACGGAGCCGCCGCCGCAGUACGAGGACAUCGUGGUCAACCGAGGGAAGUAGUCAUCGUCUCAAUAAACUAUCUUUGUGGCGGACUGAACCAGGAAGAUCAUUUGACUGCAGGUCAGUGCCAAGUUGUUCAUAUCGUCAUGGUAACCUUUUACAGCUGGGAAUGACAAUGUAGCUGUGUUCAUGUCUCAUUUGCAUAAUCAGACACAAAUGAUCCAACAUGUAUUGUUGGAUCAUUAUUGGAUAAAGUUAACGAGCAGAUUUAAGAUGCCUGUUCAGACAGUCCCAUCAUAAUGUGUCAAAAAAAAAAAAGGUGAAAGGAUGUAUGAAACAAGAAGUUGUCUAAAGAGAUAUUGAAGAUAUUACAUGAUUAGAAUGUUGUAGAAUUAAAGUACAUUUGGACAGCAUUUAUUUUCUUGAUUUUACUCAAGCUGCUGCACCUCCCAUGAUACUUCUAAAGGUGAAAAAAAGUGCUGUAAGUUAUUGAAGCAGCUAUAAUAUCAUAUAAAUGUCCUUGUCAUUUCCAGCUGCAAGAGAAGUGUAAUGAAUGCGUGCGUCAGGAUAAAAGUUGUUGUGCAGCUUAAGCAGCGGCAGCACUUUCAGGUGAAUCUUUUGUCUUUUUUUUCUAACUUCUUGUCUUCAACUGUGAAAAAGUUCCCACGCCACAGAGGUGACGCAAUACUUGCUGUGUGGAAGGAAAAUGGGACAAAAGGCAAUAGGAAGACUUUGUUUGAUGAAUUAGCAUGUUUGUGUUUACUCUUCACUAACAUCACAGCACUUUUUUACAUGGAACUCACAACACUUUUGUCUUCUUUUACUUUGAAAGGAGAAUUUUGAAGGAAUUGACUUGAAUGUCAUAAAAUAGAAAAAUAAUGUACAUUUGCUGAAGAAAUUAAUUUCAUUUCAAUUGCUUUUCUUAGUGUCACACAAGUAGGAGUAGUGUGUAUUUACAUAUAUUAGGGCUGGCAUCAUUAAUGACUAUUUGCUUAAGAAAAGACGGCACCAUUUAGACACACGUGUCAUUGUUGUCGUCAUCAUCUUUAAACGUUUGACUAAAAUGCAAGUCAAGUAAGAAUGAAUGCACAUUUUGCAACACUCUAGCAAACAAGGAACAGAAAGUAAACAACUUGGCAACAUUUACUCUUCAAACAAGAUUAUUCACCUUUUUAGAUGACAUUGUUCCUUUGUUGUACACAGCAGUCAGCUGUGUGAGAGGAGUAAUCAUCCAUCUGAUUAAAAGCCUGACUGGAAUAAAAAUGCAAUGUGUAAACACGUCCAGAGCAACAUGUGAAAGAUGUCAUUCAGAUUAUUUACACUUCUCAAGUUGGGGUGUAAAUUGUCCUUUACGUGUUUUGUGAUGUCAGCUAAACUUUGCUGGUGGACUAAUUUAAUUCUUAGUCUUGGAAUGACUUGCCACUAAGUAGUGGAGUGUCAUGUGAUAAAACGAGGGAUCCAGUUGUUUAUACUGUAAGGUAGUGAUGGGUCCGGCAACACCGAUGCAUCGGCGCAUGCGUCGAGCUCAUAGAGCGAAACCCUGUGUCGGUGCGCGUACCGCUUUUAGAAAGUCACGUGACCGAUCAUGAGCUGUUUUGGUCACGUGACCGAUACGCGAACUGUGUCGCACGGACGCCUCCUCUGUGCCCUGUGAGCGGGUCUUUUCUACAGCCGGAGAAAUAAUAACUAAGAAGAGAAAGCGUCUAAAAUUGAAUACUUUGGAAAAACUGUGUUUUUUUUAAUAGAAAUGUGUAAAAAAAUAAAUAAUUUCCAGGUCCACAAGCAUCCUCAUUCACAACACGUUCUCUUAGAUUUCCAUGUUAUGAUACAUGUUCACAUUAUUUAUUGACCGUAUCUAAAAAAGACAAAAAAUAUAUUUUUAUUUAAAUGAAGUUAU